AUGUCAGACAAUGCGUCGACAAAGGCCUUCAAAAUUGCUCCACCGAAUAUCACAGUUUGUGCUUUUGUCGUUUCACCCAACACCUCCCAGACCACCAGCUGCAUACCAUCAUCACCACCACCCCCAAGUCCUCGUCGGCCAGUCUCACCUCGCAGCUAUCAGUCGAACCCUAUACCCAUCAAAUCCCUUCCCGACAGCUCCCACCUCCUCUCAGGCCCAGGACUCAGUCCACCACCCCCGGUCCGAUUUCGUGUCCUUGGACCUCCCCCGUCGUCAUCCUCGAUAUUCGCAUACCAACACAAACGAGCCCGAAGUGCACCUACGUCCACUACCAUUACUUCACUUGGAUCUUUCGCCGUUCUAAGCCAGUCGUCGUCCGCACAUUACACUUGGUCAUCGACAGCAACGAGUGUACCGAGCAACAACUGUUACGGUCACAACAGCAGCAGCAGCUACAGCCACCACCACAACCACAACCGCACCAACUCGGCCCCGGAACUCACCACACCCCUAGAACCCACGACUCCCAUACAAGAUGCAAUCCAACUACGUGAUAGCGAUCAUCGUGAUCAUCCUGUUCGUGGUGCUGGCGAUAGUGGGAUACGCCAUCUACGCGGUACAGAACCGAGUCAGUCUCUUUGCCAAGAGGGAAAAGGAACUCGACGAAGAAGAGGAGUGAAUGCUCAGCGCGCCGUGUUUCGAAAAGUACGAUUUAAACUUGACGACCACGACGGCGAUGACACUGAGAAUGACCCUAUUCCCGAUCAUCGCCACAAGACUGAUGAGCUCGAGGAAGACGAUGAGGAAGAGGAACACAAAGGCCAAAGAACCGUGUCUGGUUUGUUGCGGUUCGAAGAUGACCGACAUUCUUGGUUUUGA